AGGCGCUGUUUUUACAGUACUCCCCUGUUUUUCGUAUCAACUGGAUCGGAAACUCCGUUUUUUUCCAUCUCCAAAGUCGCAGAUCGGAGUUAUCAAUACUAGAAUUCAUUAGUGACUGACUAGUGACAUGUUUUAAAUUUUCAUGUGUACUACCAUAAGCUGCAGCCGUUGCAAAAUGAAUGCGCAUUCAACAGCCGUGGCCAUCAUAGAUAUGGAACUGGAUUUCGAUGAGGAUGUGGAUGAACAUGGGGAUGGAGGCGGCGCCUCGGAGGAAGUGGGUCAGGGCGGGGAUGUGCGGGCGCUGGUGCGGCGCCUGCAGGCUGGUCACGUGUGGAUCCGGCAGCAGAUGACGCACCUCCAGCGCCGCCUGGUGACCCUCCAGUUGGACAGACAAAGACGCCUCUACGAGGGAAGGGAUCGGCUGCAGCGACUCCUGCGGAACUUGCAGGUGAUAUACGGACGCAACUGGGGCCUGUAGGCGAAGUUCGGAAGUUGGAGCUGAAAUUCGGGUGCCAACACCUCGAGGCACGGAGUUGAUGUGACGAACGGUCCCAAAUACAAGCGAUGUGUCGGGGUGGCGACUGAAUUGCUUACACAUGUUGUGGGAAGUUAAAUAUACAAAGCUGAUGAAUUGAA